AUGUCACCCGUCGCUACUCCCAGCCCUACCACUCUCCUCCCCGAGUCUCCCCUCUCCGAGCAGUACGCCGCUCUCGCUACUGCCAAGUCCAACGUCGAGGCCAAAUCCAUCGCCGACCAAAUCGCCAUCUCCCUAAAAAAAGCGCCCCGCACUAUCGAGGCCAUCCAGGAGGCCAAGAUUGUCGAUGUCUUCCUCGCAUGGAGCGGCUCCAAGUCGGGGUACGAGCGCGAGUCUGCACCGGUCCUGAUUGAGCGGCUCUGCCGGUCGCUCGGGACGGGUGUGGAGGGUGUGUUUAUGCCCGUCAUCCCCGCGCUGCUUUCGUUGUCUAUGGACAAGGGACAGCCGGUCCGCUCGGCCGUCACGUCCGCCAUGAACGCCCUGAUCAAGAUUACCCCUCCCGAGGCGUCGCGGGUCAUCCUGGACGCGCUCGCAAAGACGCUGGUGGAUGCCAAGGGAUGGAGGACCAAGGUGGCCGCGCUCAAGGCGAUGGAGGGGACCGUCAAGCUCGGAGGUGAGGAGUGGGUCGCUGCCGAGUUGGGCAGGGUCAUCCCAUACGUCGAGGCUGCCAUGCACGACACCAAGGCCGAGGUUUCCGCUGCCGCCUCCAAAGCCGCUACCGUUCUCUGCGGUACCCUUCCCAACCCGGACGUGCUGAAGCACAUCAACGCUCUCGUCUCCGCCAUGGCCUCUCCCCAGGCUGUCGCCGGUACCAUCAAGGGUCUCUCCUCUACCACAUUCGUCGCCGAGGUCACCGGCCCGACGCUCGCCGUCAUGGUCCCCCUCCUCACACGUGCGCUCAAGGAACGGUCUACCGACACCCAGCGGAUGACCUGUGUCGUCGUCGGAAACUUGGUCAAGCUCGUGCGCGACCCCCUCGUCGCUGCGCGGUACCUCAGCCCUCUCGUCGGUGGUGUCCAGCAGCUCGCAGAGGGUGCCGCCUUCCCCGAGAUCCGUGCUUUUGCCCAGACCGCACUCGACAUUCUCCUCAAUGCCGGCGCGUCCGCCUCGGCCACUCCUCUCCCUGAACGCGACAUUAUCCUCUCCGUCACCGAGGCGCUCACACUCAUGGUCCCCCAUCUCGCGAUCGAGGGUCUCCCUGCUCGUCCCUCCAUCCCCCUCUCCUUCUCCCUGCCCGACUCGCCCGUCGUCGCCCACGCGGUCGAAUACCAGGCCAACGUCAUCGCCGACCUCGUCGAGCAGCGCCGGUUCGACUCGUACAUCUGGCAGUCUCGCGGUCUCGGCAGCUUCCUCAAGCUCCUCCAGGGCGCCGAGGCGGGCGCCAAGGCCGCCCAGGGCAUCCUGGACGCCUUCCUCGCUAUCGACCAGUCCAAGUACGCCCCCGCAGCGGAAGACGACGGGUCGGGCGGUCAGCUGCUCUGUAACAUCCAGUUCUCGCUCGCGUACGGUGGUCUGCUUUUGCUCAACCACACCAACCUCAAGUUGAGGCGUGGAAGGAGGUACGGUAUCUGCGCUGCCAACGGUGCGGGUAAGAGUACCCUCAUGAAGGCUAUUCGGGACGGCAAGGUCGAGGGUUUCCCAUCCAACGACGAGCUCCGAUGCCUCAUGGUCGAGCACGCCCUCCAGGGCGAGGACACCGGUAUCCCCAUCGUCGACUUUAUCGCCUCGGACCCGCGUCUCGCCGGUCGGCCCAAGUCUGAGAUUGCCGCCAUGCUCCUCUCGGUCGGUUUCUCGGACGAGAAGCAGCAAGACCCGGUCGCGAGUCUGUCGGGAGGAUGGAAGAUGAAGUUGGAGCUCGCUAGGGCCAUGUUGAUCGGAGCGGACAUCUUGUUGCUCGACGAGCCUACUAACCACUUGGAUGUCCAAACCGUCGCUUGGUUGGAGCAGUACCUCUGUAACCUCCCGGACAUUACCUGCAUGAUUGUCUCGCACGACUCUGGUUUCCUCGACAAUGUCUGCACUGAUAUCAUCCACUAUGAGAGCAAGAAGCUCGCAUACUAUACUGGUAACUUGAGCAAGUUUGUCGAGCGCGUUCCCGAGGCCAAGUCUUACUACACCCUCUCGGCUACUUCUAUCCGGUUCACAUUCCCCCCUCCCGGAUCCCUUAUGGGUGUCCGCUCCAACACCCGCGCCAUCCUCAAGCUGUCCGGCGCGACAUUCACCUACCCCGGUACCGUCAAGCCGUCGCUCAAGAACGUGUCGUGCUCCCUGUCCCUCUCGUCCCGAGUCGGUAUUGUCGGUCCGAACGGUGCUGGAAAGUCGACGCUCAUCAAGCUCCUUACCGGCGAAACUGUCCCGCAGGAGGGUACGGUGCACAAGCACCCUGCUCUCCGGGUCGGAUAUGUCGCCCAGCACGCCUUCCACCAUAUCGAUCAGCAUCUCACCAAGACUGCUGUUCAGUACAUUCAAUGGCGUUACCAGGACGGACACGAUCGUGAAAUGCUCGAAAAGGCCACUCGGGUCCUCUCGGACGAGGAGAAGGCCAUGAUGGAGAUCCCUAUCCAGGGUCGGAACGGUGACCUCCGUAAAAUCGAAUUCAUCCUCGGUCGUCAAAAGUUCAAAAAGACUUUCCAGUACGAAGUCAAGUUCCGGGGAUUGGACCACAAGAACAACGCGUGGAUCCCGCGCGAGGUACUCGUGGAGAAGGGAUUCCAGAAGCUCCUCGGACAGUUUGACGACCAGAUCAACUCGAGAGAAGGGGCGGGUCAGCGGGAUACCGGCGCGGCGGCGGUGAGGGAGGUGUUGGAGGCGGUUGGGCUGGAUGGAGAUAUCGCGCAGUACAAUGAAAUGCAGGGGCUGAGUGGAGGGCAGAAGGUCAAGGUGGUCAUUGCGGCUGCCAUGUUCAACCGACCCCAAUGUUUGUUCCUCGACGAGCCUACCAACUUCUUGGACCGCGAAGCCCUCGGCGGUCUCGCCGUCGCCAUCAAGGAAUGGGGAGGAGCCGUGUGCAUCAUCUCGCAUUCGGUCGAAUUCGUCUCCGCCCUUUGCCCCGAAAUAUGGCACGUCGACAACGGAGAGCUCACGCACAAGGGCAAGGUCGCGCUCGUCGAGGAUGCAUUCGACAACCCGUCUAUGCCCAACUCGCGCACCACCUCCAAGUCGGGAACCCCUCGAAUCUCGCGCGUCGGUACGCCCGCCAGCGGCAUGUCGAGCGCUGCGACCAGUGCGGCCAACUCGGACGAGGAGGGCGAGGAGGGAGAAGCGGGAUUGGGCAAGGAUAUGGCCAAGCUCGCGCUCAAGAAGAGCAAGAAGAAGAAGAUGACGAGGAAUGAGUUGAAGGCGCAGGCGGAGAGGAGGCAGUUGAGGAAGUUGAACUGGCUCAAUUAUGGUGGUGAACGUGAGCCCGAUACCGAGGACGACGAACCGUGA